ACGUCAUUCGAAAUCCAAAACACUGGUGUUUCCAUGUUAUAAUAAUUCUCUUUGCACUGGUGUCAAAGUGACAGAUCAAUAAAAUUGUGGUUGCAAGUCGUUUUCGUAAAAUGGAAUAAUGAUAAACUGUGCUGAAUCUGAACAUGUACACUGCGGCCGCCGCUGGAUUUGGCGUGGCAUUCAUCGUCCUACUACUCAUUAUUAGAUGGCGAUGGAGGGCUCUGAAGUUUUUGCAGUCGGACGGCGACUGCCCGCCGUGCACGCCGGUGCAGCUGGUGCACCGGCUAUGCCCGCACCACAACGUGGUGCAGCGGUUCGAGGUGGAGCAGAAGGACAGCCUCGACGACCACCUGGAUGUACUCACCAGGAAGCUUGCCGAGAAGGAAGGACGACUUCGCCUCUCAAAAUCCAAGAUCCGCGAGACGCAGAACGAGAUAGACAACCUGCACGCGAUCGACCAGGACGUGCGCACGAAGUACCGCGAGAUCAUGGAGUCCCUCCGCACAGACCUGCUGGGCAACGAGAAGGAGUGCAAGCGGCUGCAGGAGCAGAUCGAGUGGGUGUCGCGCAGGCGCGCCGAGCUUAAGGAAGAGAUAAGCCGAAUGAACGCCGCGUAUCGCAACACGGCCAAGAACGUGCACAAGCACCUAACAGCGGAGCUCGAACAACUUGACCAAGUGCGUCGCGGACAGAGGCUGUACGGAGAGGCGGCGGCAGAACUAGCCAGCAACCUCGCGGAGCUGCAGCGAGGCAGAGUUCCCGAACACAGAGUCACCGAUAAGCCCCAAAGAGAACAUUCUCUCACCUCUCUUCGGCAUAGAAAAGAGCCGCACUUGCCCCACGCCACGCCGGUGGGGUCGCUCGUCAUCAAAUCAUCGCCCCCAUACACGCCUGAUAUGAAUCUGUCUCAUUUGGACCCGCCGCAGUGAACUUUCUGAUUGGAUUUGACUUUUUUAUCGAAAUUAUGCUGUGACUCUAUUUUAUAUUGUUUAUUAUUUAUUUUUAUUUAUUAUACACGUCAUUUACUAA